CGCAUCUCUACAAAAGCUUUCAGGCGCAGUCGUGGCUCAUGGGUUCGGGCCAGCGCUCCCAGACUUCCCGCUUGAUUCAGUUGGACGUGCUGUCACCCCCGUCUCCUCACCACCCCAACCCCUCUCCGCUCCCUUCCUCCUUCCCCUUCUUGGAUCUGGCGCUCGCGAAUUCCGCCGUCUCAAUCUCCUCUGAGGUUAGGGUUUUGGAUUUGUUUUGAAGGAGGAGAGAGGCAUUCCGGAUCCAUCGCCAUGAGAUCACCUUCCGCACUGCCGGCGGCGGAUAUCCCGACAUCCGCCGCCGGCUCCCGCGACGCGGAGUCCCUAUUCCGGACGAGGCCGAUCCCGGAGAUCCGCGCCGUGGAGGCGGCCACUCGGCGGGAGAUCGAGGAGAAGAAGGAGGAGCUCCGGCAGCUCGUCGGGAAGAGCUACCGCGACCUUAUCGAGUCCGCCGACUCCAUACUCCUCAUGAAGUCCUCCUGCGACGCCAUCUCCUCCAACCUCACCGCCAUCGACGCCGCCCUCCGCUGCCUCUCCACCUCCGCCGCCAACCCCGAGACCCCCAAGCUCGCCCACGACCCCGCCCGUGCCCGCGUCUACGGCAUCGCCUCCCGGGUCAAGUACCUCGUCGACACCCCGGAGAACAUCUGGGGCUGCCUCGACGAGUCCAUGCUCCUCGAGGCGUCCGGCCGCUACCUCCGCGCCAAGACGGUCCACGGCCUCGUCACCGGCGGCGGCGACGCGGACGCCCUUGCCAAGUUCCCACUGCUCCGUCACCAGUGGCAGAUCGUUGAGAGCUUCAAGGCCCAGAUCUCCCAGCGGAGCAGCGAGCGGCUGAUGGACCGGGGGCUCACCGUCGCUGCCUACGCCGAUGCUCUCUCCGCGGCUGCCACCAUCGACGAUCUCAAUCCCAAGCAGCUGUUAGGGCUUUUUCUUGACUCGAGGCGAUCGUGGAUCUUGCAGAAGCUGGACGGUGUGCAAGUCGACUCCUAUGAAUCUCUUUCGUCUGUUCUCUGUGAUGUGGUCAGAACCAUUAGGGCUAGUCUAGGGCAAGUCGGAGAGCUCUUCGUUCUUGCAUUGAAUGAGAUGCCGUUGUUCUACAAGAUCGUGCUCGGAUCGCCCCCGGGGACACAGCUUUUUGGAGCGAUUCCGAAUCCGGAGGAGGAGGUGAGGCUGUGGAAGUCGCACAGGGAGAAAUUGGAGUCGGCAAUGGUUUUGCUCGAGCCGGAGUUCAUCGCCCAGAUCUGUUCCUCGUGGUUGAAGAGCUGCUGCGAUGAGAUAUUCGGACAACUGGCGAAUGGAAAGCAUCUUGUGGAUGCAAUUGGAAGUGGAGAAGGCCUAGGGUGUGUGGAGAAGAUGGUGCGGGAGGCUCUUGAUGGUCGGGAAGGGCUCGAGGAGAGCUUGGAGCAGUGGCUGAGGAGCGUCUUUGGCUCUGAAAUCGAGUCACCUUGGAACCAGAUUCGCGAACACAUUUUGAAGGAUGGAAAGGACAUCUUGGAAGAUAGGUUGGAAGCGGCAUUCCUGAAGAGGAUGAAGGAGAUCGUACAUUCAGAAUUUGAGAACUUGAGCAGAGACAUCAAUAUGAAAAAUUCAAUCGGAUCUAUUGUGGCAGUUGCAGGUUCUAAAGACGAGAAUGAUUUCCAAACAUACUUGAAGAAGCCUUCUACUGGUAGUGGGGUUUGGUUUUCAGAGCCCAACCAAAAGAAAGCAGGAAUUUUGUAUAGCUUUAAACCAACUGCUGAUGAGAAUGAUUUUGGGAGCUAUCUCAAUGCAUAUUUUGGCCCUGAAGUCAGUCGGAUUAGGGAUGCAGUGGACACUAAAUGCCAAAGCAUAUUGGAUGAUCUAUUAUGUUUUGUAGAAUCUCAUAAUUCUACUCUGAGGCUGAAGGAACUAAAGCCGUAUAUUCAGGAGAAGUGUUACAAGACUAUUUCAGUUAUACUGAAGGAACUUGAUGGUGAGCUUGCGCAUCUGUCAGCUUCCUUAGGAAGAAACAAAGGGGAUAAGGAUUCUCUACCACCCUCUGUAAUUGUUGAAAGAUCUCUUUUCAUUGGGCGUCUCUUAUUUGCAUUACGAAACCAUUCUAGUCACAUACCCGUGAUACUUGGUUCCCCAAGGCAGUGGGUGAAAGAAACAGCUGUUUCAGUGUUUACUAACCUAUCAUCACCUUUGCCAAGGCAAUCUAAGGUGACCUUCGAUUCAUCAGUCUUUUUUAGCCCUAGAAGACAUACGUUUGAUAGCCCCAGGAGUCCUAGAAGGCAAUUUUCUGAUAAUCCUAGAAAGCAAACAAUUUCAGCUGCUGCUUCAUUGUAUGCUGUGGAUGACAGCACGAACCCAAAACUUGAUGAGCUAAAGAAAACUUUGCAAGAACUCUGUAUCAGAGCUCAUAGCUUAUGGAUAACAUGGGUGUCUAAUGAGCUAUCGGUUAUUCUCUCCAAGGAUCUCAACACAGAUGAUGCAUUAUCUGCAACAGCUCCUUUGCGGGGUUGGGAAGUGACUGUAAUCAAACAAGAAGAGUCCACUGACAGCCCUUUGGAGAUGAAAAUAGCUCUUCCUUCCAUGCCUUCACUCUAUAUCACAUCUUUUCUCUUUCAAGCAUGCUUAGAAAUUCAUAAAGUUGGAGGCCAUGUUCUUGAUAAAAUAAUAUUGCAAAAUUUUGCAUCGAGAAUAAUGGAGAAGGUGGUAUAUAUCUAUGAAAAUUUCUUAUCAAGUACGGAGGGUGGUGAAGCUCGGGUUUCAGAAAAAGGAGCACUACAGAUUUUGUUAGACCUCCAUUUCAUUGCUGACAUUCUAUCUGGCGGCAAAGAUUCUGCCUCCAGGAAUACUGAAAUGAAUGUCAAAGAGGAAUCAUCGAAAAUUAUGACACAAAGGCUUCCUUUUAGACAGAAACAACCAGAACUCCAGCCUGGUUCUGCUAAUACAGAACCUGCAAUGAAGCUGAUAAAUAAGCUUUCACAAAAGUUGGAUCCCAUUGACUGGGCUAUCUAUGAGCCUUACCUCUGGGAAAAUGAGAAGCAAUCAUACAAGCGAUUUGCAGUCCUCUUCGGGUUCUUGGUUCAGCUUAAUCGUAUGUACACCGACACUGUACAAAAGUUGCCAACAAAAUCAAAUACAGACUCAAAUAUUAUGAGAUGCUCUACGGUUCCACGAUUCAAAUACCUUCCAAUCAGUGCUCCUGCUUUAUCUUCAAGGGGAGCACAUAAAUCAGCCCUUCAAAUGUCAGCUGAUGAUGCAUCAUCUAGUAGUCCUUGGAAAGCAUAUUCAAAUGGAGAAAGGUCCCCAAAGCCUGAGCUUGAUGAUACUCUGAGUUUUGGAGUUGCAACACCAUUAUUGAAAUCCAUAAUGACCCAGGUUGGCAGCAAAUUUGGAGAGAGUGCAUCAAGGUGGGGAUCUAUGCUUUCUGAUGGCCAAGCUGGCAAGCUUAAGGACAGGUCAGCGGCUGCUAUGUCAACAUUUGGUGACAUGCUUCCUGGCCCAGCGGCAGGACUUCUGUCAUCUCUUACAUCAGGUGCCACCAGGUUUGACUCUUAGUUGGACCUAGGCUCUUCUGAAGGGGGAUUUCUGUAUUUGGUGCAUACAUAUGCCAUUAGAAUCAGAGAGGGUUGGAACUGUAGACUGCUAGCUGCAGCUGGGUGCAACCCUUACCGGCAUGGAUGAGAGGUGGUAAAGGUGAAAUCCACGGCGAUAUUUCAUCUCUGUUCCUUAUUUAUACCAAUUGAAGUUGGGUGUCACAAAGCUUAGCAAUGAUAGGGCAAGAUCAUUCAUCCAAUUUUGGAAGUGGAAGAGGUGAUCUGAGCAAAUGAAUUGUAAAAAUUGGGUGAGCAAUUACUGUUGUGUAUGUUACUGCAUCUAUAGUAUAUCACAAUAAAAGAGAAAGCGGAUCCAGUUGUAUUUGAGCCAUUGAACUUGUUUUAAAAGAAAGCUGUGUAUCUGAUUUAGGGCAUUGGUGUUUUGUUUUGUUUGAAAAUGACUGUUGCCUGGUAAACUUCUGAAUAUAUUAUUGGAGGUUUUACGCAAA